AUGAUGAUGAAUGAUGAUAAUAACAAUGAUGGUGAUUACUAUGAAGGUGGUGAUGUAGGCAGUGAUGACAAAAACGAUACCGCUUAUUAUUGUGGUGAUGAUUGUGGUUGUGAUAAUGAUGAUGUAGGUGGUUGUGAUGAUGAUGAUUAUAAAGGUGGUCAUGUAGGUAGUGAUGAAGAAAACGAUACCGGGGAUAAUUUUGGUGAUGAUGGUAAUGAUGAUAAUGAUGAUUAUGGUGGUGAUGUAGGCAGUGAUGACGAAAACGGUACCGGUGAUUAUUACGGUGAUGAUGAUGAUGGUGGUGGUAGUGAUGUACGUAGUGAUGACAAAAACGAUACCGGGGAUUAUUUGGGUGAUUCAAAUGGUAAUAAUGAUGAUGAUUAUAAAGGUGGUCAUGUAGGUAGUGAUGACGAAAACGAUACCGGGGAUAAUUUUGGUGAUGAUGCUGAUGAUGAUAAAGAUGAAAAUGGUGGUGAUUUAGGCAGUGAUGACGAAAACGGUACCGGUGAUUAA